AUGAAGGUGGACAACGAGCUGAUCACGGCGUUGAUUGAGCGUUGGAGGCCGGAGACGCACACUUUCCAUCUACCGAUCGGUGAGGCGACGAUCACCUUGGAAGAUGUGCAAGCCAUUUGGGGCUUGAGGGCGGAGGGUCGCGUUUUCACAGGGCGUGACUAUCAUGUCAACUUUCCAGACUGGACCAGCAAGUGCCGCGAUCUAUUGGGAUGGAUACCAGAUACUUCAACAGAGACAAAGCAAGGCGGUUUGUUGAUGACCGCACUGGUCAACCAGACAAGGAUGCCUCUGGGUGAUGACCUACCUAUGUACGUAUACAUCCAAAGGGCACGUAUCCAUGCCCUAAUUUUAUUAGGAGGUCUCAUUCUACCGGACACCACGGGGUGUAAGGUGCCAUUUAUGUGGUUGAAUGGGCUUGGGGAUCCGGAAGAGGUGAAGAAUAUUAGUUGGGGAAGUGCGGCAUUGGCCUACCUUUAUCAUUAUCUGUGCGAGGCUUCCAUGGAUAAGAGAAAAGAGUUGGGCGGGCUUAUGAUCCUUCUGCAGCUAUGGGCGUGGGAAAGAAUGCCCACAUUGAGGCCUGCGUUCAUUGGACCAGUUGUGCACGAGCCAUAUACACCAUGUGGCGCCAGGUGGAAAGGAACAACGCAGAUAGGAAAUGCUCCUAGAUACUCGGUUGAGCAUUACCGUGACCAAAUAUCUCUGAUUAGACCUGGCCAGUUUAUCUGGACGCCAUACGCACAUUGCAUACUGCCUGACUACUGCAAUGAUGUGACUGGAUGCUCUCUGUGCGAGACCUACUUGGUAUGUUGGGCCUAUGUCGAGGCCCAUGAGCCUGGACGAGUGCGCCGACAGUUCAAUCGGUACCAGGAUAUACCGCAGAAUGUAGACAGGAUGCUAAGGAACGCCGAUCAUUUAGGCAAAAAUGAUCGCCGUGGUAAGAAGGGCAACAACUGGGCAAACACGCAUCAGUUCUACAUUGGGGAGUGGGACAUGAGGUACGAAAGGUUCCAAGCUGCUGAAUACGCCGCACCGAUGUCCUUGAAUAUUCCCAUGAGCCCGGGUUAUAUGGCGUGGUAUAACAGGAUUACCGUGACAUACAUGACUCAGCCUGGGUCACAGGCCACUGCUGGGAUGAACGAGUCGGCUGCUUCGAUGAGACUAUUUGUUGAGGGUUUUCAGCGGGUUUUCCAUUUAACUACGGAAGACAAAAUGGACCCACGAGUGCGCCAGAUUCGAGAUAUUGUUAGAACUGUCCUCGAAUCUAUGAACAACAGUGAUGUCAUGGAGUACCCCGCUUCUCAACAUCAGGAUGUGGUCAUGCCGUAUCAAGAAGAAGUAGUUCCACGGCGUCGUGGAGCGCCUGGUGUUCGGACCGUGGGACAUGGCUACACAAAGCAGUUUAGGAUGUCCCAGCCGCAUCCCGAUUAUCCAGCCUGA